AUGUCCUCUCUGCUACUUUCAAGACAGGGCCCCCUUGCCCAUGUCUGGCUAGCAUCCAAUUAUGACAAGAAACUAUCCAAACAUCAGCUCUUAAACACAAACAUUGUUACAUCCUCGAAAAUCCUAUCCAGCAAGCAGCUUCAGUCGCUGAAUAUUUCUGGUGGAACGGAAAACACCAUUACGUUGAGACUUUCUGGCCAAUUACUUUUGGGUAUUGUCAGGAUUUACUCAAGGAAAACAAAAUAUCUUCUUGACGAUAUCAAUGAGACAUUGUACAAGUUGAAGAACUCCUUUAAAUAUGCCAGUGGAGCUACUUUAGGGUCCGGACCCGUCAGCACAGUCAACUUGCCACCACAACAAACAACAUUAUCGAACUUUUCCCGAACAUUGCUCGAGGACCAGGUCACAGAUCUUGAUCUCUUCUACCAGGAGGAUUUAAGAUUAGAUGAACCGGAACAAAUGAUCACCGCCGAUACUUUUUCAUCUGAAGUUAAUUCCUUCAACAGACCAGAAGGUGCUCCCGAGUACGAUCAGUCAGUAGAGAUAGCUAGAGGUGCGGAAGAUAUGGAUUUGGACUUUGACCUUGAUUUGGAUCACUCGAUCGAACAUGGAAGAGACGCACAGAUGCCAAUGUCUGAAGGAGAUACUUCUGUGGUUGAUUUACCUGGUAAGGAUAGCUCUGUUUUGGAAGGAAUGGAGAGUGCCUUAGAUUUCGAUUUGGAUUUGCCUUUAGAAACAAUUGAGGAACGACAAGAAACAGCAGAAGCAUCAGAAACUGCACCUGUUCGAACAGAAUUAACCACCAGAAGAAGAUUGGUGGGAGUUAUGGAGGACGGUGUAAUAAAAACCACCAAAAGAAGAUUGGUAGUGGAUGAGGAAGAUGAAUUGGAGCGAGGAUUACCAAACAACGUCCUCAAAAGCAUCCAGCAUUUGCAAGCACACGGAGGAUUUACCGGGGAAAUGAUAGAGCUCAAGUUAUCAGAGCUGGAGAAGAUGAGUUUAAUCUACGAACUUGCGGAAACGUCAAGCAUCAAAAAGAGAAAGAUCUGGAAUCUGGACGAGCUUCUCAGGCAGACAUGUGAUGCGUUGGCUGAUGCUGAACACGAAGGUCAUUCUCCCAACAUGGACUUUUCGUUUGAUAAUAACAUGGACUUCGACUUAUCCUUGCCUGGUCUUGAAUCGAGUGGCGAGCCUCAGUCGGAGGAUGACAAUGACAUCGAAAAUGACGAUCAAAAUGGCAUCGAAAAUGUCAAAGGAACUAUCCAAGUUGCAGAACAUUUAAGAAACACUUUUUAUGAAAAUCCAACGGUGACUCUUGAUGAACUUAUGCGCAAGGACAUACAAAACCCAGACAAUACUCCUUUAGGUGCAAUUAAGAAGACGGAAACAGGGUUCAAAAUUAGCAAGAGAAGAGAAGCGACUAAAUGUUUCUUUGAAUUAUUGGUUUUAGCAUCACAAGAUUGUGUCUCACUUGAACAAGACGAAACCACUUCUGUUACCCAUUUAGGAAGCGACUUGACUAUUAGGCCCAGAGACAAAUUAAUAUCGACUUUUGUAUAA